CGGUCAGUCGUCACCAGUGGCCGUCCGCGCCCGCGCGUUUCUGCCGGGCUCGGCUAAACGCGCGAGUUCGCCGACGCAGUGUGGCGUCCGUGUGGCGCGACGGGGAAUACUCCGCGUCGAGGCUGCCCUUGCUAUCUCCCCGGCCCUGACGCGGCACCACACUGCCGCGCCCCGCGUUGCCAGCUGAGCGGGGAAUACGCCAGCAGAAGUGGAGCAGGAUGGGCCGCAAGGACGAGGUGGUCCUGGGCGUGGACCUCGGCACCACCAACUCCGCGGUGGCCGUGUUCCGCGACGACUCGGCGGAGGUGCUGACGAACGACAUCGACAAGCGCACCACCCCCAGCUGCGUGUACGUCAGGGACCUGGAGCGCCAGGUCGGCGAGGCGGCGCUGCGUCUGGCCGCCAGCUUCCCCUUCAACACCGUCAGGAACGUGAAAUCCGUUCUGGGACGAACGAGCGUGCCCAAAGGAGAGGCCCCACUGGGUCCAGUGGUGACAAGAGACGGUGCAGUUAAGAAAUCUAUUUCGAUUGUAAUUGACAACACUGAGGCCGCCAUAUCAUUGUCUCCUGAAGAGAUUGCCGCCACGCUCCUGCUCGAGUUGAAGAAGGCCGCGGAGCAGCACCUGCAGACGGAGGUCAGCUUGGCAGUCCUCGCCGUGCCGUCGUAUUUCAACGCGUCGCAGCGCAAGGCCGUCAUGGACGCAGCCAAUCUGGCCGGCCUGCGCGUGCCGUUCAUCAUGAACGAAACGACGGCCGCCGCCAUGGCGUACGCGCACGACCGCGACGGCGAGGAGAAGACCGUGCUGAUUGUGGACGUCGGCGGUGGCGGCAGCUCGGCCGCCGUGGUCAAGGUGGCUCUGAACCAGGUGGAGGUCAUGGCGCACUCCGAUGUCCGCCUGCCCGGUGGCGAGGACUUCGACGACAGGAUGAUGCAGUACCUCACUCAGUGCAUCAAGAGAGAUCUUGGAGCAGAGGCCCUGGACCCGCGGGACUGUGAGAUUCUCCGAGCGCAAUGGACGAAGGCCAAAGAGAAACUGUCGCGGAUCCCCCAGGCGACCAUCAGCAUCUUCCUGCCCGGCCUGGGGAAGGAAUUCCGGUGCGACGUGAAGCGGGCGGACUUCGAAGAGGAGUGCGCGGAGCACUUCAAGAGCAUUACUGAUGGGCUGCUGGCGACGCUGAAGCGAGCUGAGGUGAAACCAGAGCAACUGGGCGAAGUCCUGCUGGUGGGUGGCUCCAGCCGCAUCCCUCAACUGCGCAGCCUCGUGCAGGAACUGGUGAAGGGCAAGCCGCUGUGCAAAGCGGUCAACCCGGACGAGGCGGUGGCCAAGGGGGCUGCCCUCAUGGCCGCCAAGCGCGUCGAGCUGAAGCAGGAGGUGCUGUCCCUGGAAACAAGAAUUAGGAUGGGGAAUAAAGAGGUUAUUGUGCCAGCAAACACCAAGCUUCCUCGCGAAAUUCCUCUCGUGGAGGACGCCAACAUAGAGAUUCUUCAAAAGGUCGGACGCGGCAAUGCCAUGGCACGAAUAUUUGACAGUAGACUUCCGUCUGCUCACCUGUUAGGAAUUUACCACAGUGGAUUUGUCCAAUUUGGGAAUCGUAUACAGGGAAAGAUAGAUUGUCGUUUAGAUGGGUGUCUACCUUCAGCUGUACUUCGAAGUCUCGCCAAGAGAAUGCAGAGGCGCCAGGAAAAUGAGAGAAUAGAAUCACAGAGAGUGGAAAGUAAAAAUGCUCUCGAAGACCUGCUUCGUCAUGUGCGUGGCCUUGAGAUUCCAGACGACGGUUUUCGGAAUGACCUGGUCGCAUUGCGCGACAAGUGUGAGAAGAAACUGCAGUGGCUGAACGAAUAUGGCAACAGACAAUUCGCUGAGUACGAUAACUUGCGUACUGAAAUUGCAGAUGCUUUGAAUGACUACAAUGCCAAGCGAGAAGCUGAGAGGACGAGGGUCGAGGCGCGGGAACAACUGUGCCGAACACUGCAGGAGAUACCGUCCAAUGUUAAGUCUGUCUCAGGUCGGAACGAGCCUGGAGACGAUCGCGUUGUUGCAGCGGUAGUGCGGCUACCUGCUAUUGAGGGUCGCAGCAGCCUGUGCCGGACCCCCGCUGCGAAGGGUCUGUCCCUUUUCAUUUCAGAGGUGUUGCUGCAGUUGCCGAGGGAGGAGGUUCUGAAUGAUAAGUUUGAUGAGAGAGUGCUCAAGUUACACAAGCGUUGCACGGACAGGCUCGCCUGGACUCUCGACAACCCUGACGCGUCCGAAGAGGAAUACAUCAGAUUUCGCGACAAGGUCUCAGCAGCAGCAGACGAGAUUCAUAGCGAUAGACAGCGGCACGCUGCAGACCUACGCAAGGCGGAAGUGAGGAAGACGUUCGAGUCGAGGGUCCAGACAACUUUACAGUCCACUAACAUCAAGGAAGGACCCAACAAUGCCCUCUACAAGUCCUACUGCCAAGAUAUAGAGGAACUGUGCCGAGACGCAUUAGGAUGGCUGCGUAGCAGUAGGGGUUCCCUUGCUGACGAGAGAGAACUAUCAGAUCGGCUCCGCGUAUUUGAAACGGAGGCAGCGGGAAUCCAUCGCAACUACGGUGAACAAGUGGCGGCGGAACAAAGGCGAGCCGAAGCUUUCCGAGCUGCCGAACAGAAGGUUCUCCAGGCGCUUAAUCUUAAGGUUCUGGAGGGGCACCCCUGCUACGAGGAGGCUGAGGCCUUGAAGAAAUCUUCCCGGAAGCAUUUGAGUUUGCUAAAGCACGAAUCAGACCUUUCUACAGAAAUGUUGGAGAAACUGAUUGAGUCUAUCGACACUGGAUUCGCGACAUUGGAACAAAAGAGGGUUGAGGAGGAGCAGAAGUUGAUGAAUUGGAUACUAACCUUGGAGCAAGAGCUGACGGAUGGUUUGCAGGAGUUCGACAACGACCCACUGCUUGUCCAAUUGGAAAAGUGUUGUCGUAGACAACUGAUGGAACGCCAGCCCCGCCCGUCCUUGCAGGUCAUAGGCCAUGCUUUGUAUGCGGUGAGAAAUGUCCUCGGCCAUCUGAGGCAGUACCGUGACAGCCAGCAGAAACGGCAGGAAGCGGCCAGUGGGGCUGAAGCUGCCUACCACGAGGCCUAUGCUGUCGGGUCGAAGCUAUUGUCAUAUUUGGGCUUUCCCGUGCUGCGGCCACCGCAGCCCGCUAGACAGAGUCUGUGCAGCAGGGUGACUUGGACUCCGGGCGUCUCGACGAGCAGCUCCGAGCAGGCCCAGUCCCAAUUUGGCGACCCAGAGCAGCCACUGCCGCCGCCGCCUCAGCCCGCUGCCAAGGCUGUGUCCAGCCACGCGGUGUGGAUUGUCAACGAGCGAGCCCAGUCCCAGUACCAACCAAUGGACUUCACCAGCGGUGACCUUGGGGCGGACAAAAUGGAGGUGGAUAGUGAAGGACUAGUUCAUGAACGCGCCAAUGGCCACAUCAGGGGACUGGAGAACGCGCAUAUGUCCAACGCGGAGACUCCGCGGGAACGUCCGGGGUGUGGGCAGUCCGAACCAUGCAACGGGACGAAGCAAUCUACUCGCCUCCCUCAUACGAAGGUGCAGUCUGCGGCCGACGACUUGGCACGGGCGGCGCUAGAAGAAGCGCGCACGGCGGGCUGCAUGGCGCUGAUCGUGGACCGCGAGGACGAGGCCGGGCGCGACCUUCUGUCGCUGUCAGUGCGCCUUGUCCGGGACUCCGGGGACGCGGUCGAACUCCCGGUGCUGGUGCGGGACGCCAGGAGCUUUAAUGGAUCCCCAGACGAACUCGUCCGUGACACUUGGGCACGUUUCGAAGAGCUGUGUCGAAGUGUGUCUUUGGAUCUGGGAAGCUGCCUGGAGUUCCUGAGUGCGAGCAACUGCAGCCCCUUUGGUCCAGCCUUCGUGAAACUCUGCAAGGAUAGGGCGCGGGAAGAUGUCGUGGUUUUGACCAGCACCUCUGUUCCCCUGGACGAGAGAGUGGUCAUUGCCUGCUACGAGCGGUCCAUCCCCAAGUCCUCACGUGCGGAAAUCGACGAGCUAGUGAAAUUUUUCUCUGAAGUGAACAGUUGGCGGCAGACACCAGCCCGUGGCUGCAAGACAUGUUUGGUGGGGCUUCAUGGAUGCUGCUGCAGCCACCCUUGGCGCACAUACUCGUCUUCCGUCGCGUUUCUCAUGCGGAAUCGGGAAAAGUUAGCAAGUACUCCGGAAGUGCUUUUACAAUGUGCCCCCGAUGUGUUGCUGGACAUGAAGCAAUUAAUGAAAGAGACUAAUUUUCUUGUUUGUUUGGCUGCAUUCGGUGAAGUGUUCUCUGAAAUCCACAAGGUUUCACAGUUGGUGGUGGAUUUCGAUAUGGACUUCAGUGAGUACUGGACUGGUCUCAGUGACUGUAAGAGGGCAUUCUCAUCCAAUUCAUUCACGGCUCAAGUCAAAACUGCCGCUGACAAAGUCACAUCAAAGAAUGAAAGCCUCCGUUCACUAGUGCGAGCCAUCAUUGAAGUCGCGCACACUGUGGUGUGUGCAGCGAGGACGGACUUCAAGUUCUGCAACGAAAUCCUACAAUGCUUGGUCUCUGAAGAUAACCACCCUCGUGGCCACAGUAGCAAACAAGUCUCUUCAGAAUUGGUGUCGUUCAAGAGGCAACAUUCCCGCGCCAUUUCGGCCUCUCCGCAGCGCGUCUUGAGCAGGGUGAACCGGUCGGAGUUUGAGAAGGAUUACCCAGCCUUGUACAAGACCGUGCUGCGCGCGCUGACAGCGCCGCUUCUGCCGCCCAUGGGUCCCCGCUCCGACGAGCAGCUCCGGGUGGGUGCCCGCCGCACCACCCGCACCCGGGCGGACCAGGUGGAGGCCGCCGUGCUGGUGGCAGCCAGGACGCCGGAGGGCGUGGAUCUGUCGUUCGAUUUUCAAUCGUAAUUGUGCAAGUUUCCUUUGUCACCGGGUUUGAUACAAGUUUUCAUUGUGAUGAGAAACGUGCUGAUGUUCCUUGAAUGUGGAUUCCAAAUCCUUCUGUUAAACACAGCUAGCUAUUUUAAUUGUUAUUUCCGUAUUGUGGUCGAGACAACUCACUUGCCAUCGUGGCCCAUGUCGUUCCGAUCUCUCAGAUUCAUUCACCAAAGUUUCAUUGAAAUUAUUCUUACUUGUUCAUGAUAAUUUGUUUGCAUGAAAUAUAUUUGCUUUUUUUUUUGUCUUAUUGUGUCGAGAGUGAAAUUGCAAUUGUUCUAGGUUUAAGUUUAAGGCCUUCUUUCUCAAAGGUGCGAAUAAAACAGUCAACGGAUGAAGUUUUCCUAUAA